GAGGCCCAGAAGAAGGUUCGAGAGCAGAUGGAAGCCAAGAAGAGACUGGAGACCCAGAAGAAGGUUCGAGAGGAGAUGGAAGCCAAGAAGAAACUGGAGAGACAAGAUGCCGAGGAAAAAGCACGCAAGGCUGAAAUGAUUACGGAUGCAGACGAUUUUAAAUUAUGGAUGCUCAAGACAGAGCUUGCGAUGUGUCAACGAGAUCACAUCCGCACCAUACCCCAGCCAAAAGCCAUUGCUUGCAACGACCCAGUGUGCAAGGAUACAAUGGGAGCUUUACGUGUCUCUUUUUGCAGGCACGGCAUGCAGAAGCUCCUUAAUGCGUAUGUCAAGAUCCACAAGUCAGAGGACUGGAAGGAGAGGUUCUUAUGUGAACAGAAACGCGUUUGGCACCCGGACAGAUUUACGCGGUGUCCUGAGGAUGUAAGAAGUCAUAUUCAACAGGUGGCGGAGGAGCUGAUGAAGGUCAUGGCAGAACUGAAGUGAAUUCUCUCGCUGGAGAGGUCCAGGGUGUGUUUAAAUACAGGAAGCCAACCUCCAUUUUCUGUGCUGAGACAGGAUUAGAUGAAUGACAGCGGUUAUGUAUCUUCUGGUAAUACGUGAGCCCAUAGGGGGUCACGCUACCCGGUAGAGUAGAAAUAUGCAAGACGAUAAAAUAGGGCUGCAAGGGUGUCAGCCAGCCCAAAAGGGCCCUCGCAGCCAGCUAGCUAGCUAACCAAGCUUUCCCAAC